AUGGGUACUGGAUGGGAAUUAACUCAAUCAUUAAAAGAUAAAAUUUUUAAAUAUGCUUCAUUUAAUCAAACUCCUGUAAGUCUUAGACAAAUGGUUCAAUUUGGACCUACUCCUAGUCCAGGUUCUAUAUUUUUAGCAUCAAAAUUUAUUGUUGAAGAAUUACCGAUAAGAUUAGCUAAAAAAGUUAAGGAUUUAGAAAAUGCUCCAUUAAAUUUAAAUCAAAGUCCAAGUACAAUAAAGGUAAAAAAUUGGUAUGCUCAAUCUUUUCAAGAAUUAACAGAAUUAAAGAAACCAGUAAUUGAUGAAAAAUUGCAAAAAUUAUUAUACCAAAAUGUAUCAUCGCAUCUUCAAUCUUUAAAUAAUAUUGAUUCAGAAGGUUCACCUCAUAUAAAGCAAGAAAUUCAUAAAAUACCAGAAAGUUAUGAUGAUAAUCCUGCUAUAAAUAAUAUUUUCAGUGAUGAUGGUAUAGUUGUUCGACAUCAUCAUCAUCAUCAUAAAAUUUCACGAACUAGAACAAAUGAUAAAUUAAAUGAUAAUACAAUUUCGAGAACGGAGUCUCCAACAUAUGGAAUGACUUACUUCCAACCAUGUCCAACUAAUAUAAUAUGGCCAAAGGAAGUUUAUGAUUAUAAUAAAUCAGUACGUGAAGCUUUAGAAAAAAUUAAAAAAAGACAUGAUGCUACAGUUGCCACUAUGGCUCAAGGUGUUCAAGAAUGGAAAAAUGUACAUAAAACAGUUAUUGUAAAUUCAAGAAUACAAACAUUUUUAGAUCGUUUUUAUAUGUCAAGAAUUGGGAUUAGAAUGUUAAUUGGUCAACAUAUUGCAUUAAAUAUGGCACAAAAUUCUCCAACAAAGCAAAGAUUAUCAACAUUAAUAAAUGGAUCACAAGGAACUACAAAAAAGCCAAGAAGUAAUUAUGUUGGAGUUAUAUGUACUGAUUGUAAUGUAGGUGAAAUUGCUGAAGAUGCAAUUGAAACUGCAAAAUAUAUAUGUGAAGAAUAUUAUGGAUUAUUUGAAGCUCCAAAAAUUCAAUUAAUUGCUCCUCAUCAAGAUAUUAAUUUUAUGUAUGUACCUGGUCAUUUAAUUCAUAUGUUAUUUGAAACUUUAAAAAAUUCAUUACGUGCAACUAUUGAAUUUCAUACUUCCAAAUUAAAACAAAAAUUAAUUGAUGAAAAUCCAAAUUUGAAAUGGGAAGAAAUUGAUUUAAAUGAUUUAGAAUUUCCACCUAUAAAAGUUAUAAUUAGUGAAGGGUCAGAAGAUAUAGCUAUAAAAAUCUCAGAUGAAGGUGGUGGUAUUCCAAGAAGUUCAUUACCAUUAAUUUGGACAUAUUUAUAUACAACAGUUGAUGAAACUCCAAAAUUAGAACCUGAAUAUAAUCAAACUUCUUUUAAAGCUCCAAUGGCUGGUUUUGGAUAUGGUUUACCAAUAAGUAGAUUAUAUGCACAAUAUUUUGGUGGAGAUUUAAAAUUAAUAAGUAUGGAAGGUUAUGGUACUGAUGUUUAUUUACAUUUGAAUAGAUUAAGUUCUUCAAAUGAACCAUUACCAUGA